CAGGCCGUGUCCGUGGGGCGCUGCCCCCAUUGUCGGCCAUGGGGCAGCGAGUGGAGCUGAGACGUCUGCCCGUGGGGGACUUCAUGUGGGUGGCCAGGGAGAAGGACCACCCAGAAGGCCGCCCCCCCCACGAGCUGGUGCUGGACGUGGUGGUGGAGAGGAAAACGGCGGCGGAUCUUUGUCAGAGCCUCGUUGAUGGGAGGUACAAGGAGCAGAAGUGGCGUUUGAGGCGCUGUGGGCUGACGCUGCCCGUGUUCCUGCUGGAGGGGCUGGGGGGGGCCCAGCAGCUGCCCCUCCCCCUCACCACGCUGCGCCAGGCGGCCGCCAGCACGCAGGUACUGAAUGAGACCCCCCCCUAA